AUGUCGGCAGACCACAUCUUUACCAAAUCCUUAGUAGCACUCUACUUCCAGGUUGAGCAACAAGACCCGCGCGACAUACUCGGGCUCUCGGAUGGGUCAGUACCAUCAACAGUAGCUGAGGCCAAGGCCGCCUACCGCGCACUGGCACUUUGUCUCCAUCCGGACAAAUGCCAGAACGCAGGUACGAAAGAGCUACACACUCGACUCUUCCAGCGAGUCAAAGAUGCCUACGAGCUCAUUAUGUCGGCCACAUCGGUCGACAACAAGGAUCCGAGUGUUGCUACUGGAGAGGAUGCCAAGGUUCAGGUGCCGAAGGUCGCCGAUCUGCCUUUCAAGGAGAGAUUAAGAAGGAGACGAGAGGCACAAGUGGCGGCACUACAAGCACAGAAAGCGGCUGUGGCCGAGUACCACCUCAGACGUGAAGUGAAGCAGGCUCGCUUGAGAGAGCUGUACGCUUACAAGAACGAUGUUGCUGCAGCCAAGGCAGAGUUGAGGAAGAAGAAGGUAGCGCUGCUGCAAGCAAGGAAGGCUGCAAGCAGAUACGGAGCAAAUCCAAGACAGCAUCUCGAGGCUCUGGACACACUCGAGCACUACACUGCUUUGCGGGAGGCACGCAUACUAGCGGAUACAGAUGACACGUACGAGAAGCGAGAGAAGACAGACGAGCUUCGAAGAAUCUCAUAUCAGAAGCGUGAGGAAUUUGUCAAGAAGCAUCCCUUACUCCCCUUCAAUCCUCCCGACAAGCUCCGCAAACUCGACUUCUACGGUGCGAAGAAGUCCAAAGCGAUCACCGACUGUACUUCACGUCCCACUCCUCGGCAGGGACGGAUCAAGAAGAUCGCAAAGCAAGACGCCGCCAGGGAUCACCACAAACAGGAACGCCUUGCCGACAGAAAGCAGCGUAGUGGGGACAGGCUACCGGACAGCAAUGAGAAGGCCGACAUCACUCUGGGAACUUCCAGCAGUCACGUCAGUGCCAACUACGACCACCAGCUUACUAAGGGUCGAAUUACCAACCUCUCUCUACACGAUCAGGAACGCAAGGAGCGAUUCGCGACUGAGAAGACUCGUCGUAUCGGUCAGCUUCAGCAGUACAUCAAGAAGUAUGCCCCGGAGCAGCGCAUCGAGAGCAAUCGGAGUGGCUGCCACGACUACCACGAAGGUGCUCACGAGCUGGGCAUCGAUUACGUCCAGGAGAAGGUCGCUAUCCAAGAGCGUCCGUUCGAGAACGAGGAUGUCGAGGUGUGGGAAGAGAAAGCUAAGUACAUCUUUGGCUUCAGCAAGGGACCACAGGCUCUCGCCGUGCUGAACCCAGAGUGGAUCCACGCAGAGCAGAAGUUGGACAACAUCGCUGGCGAUCAUCGCGAAACGAUCGAAGAGAAACGAGAGGAUCUUGCCGAGAGUUCAGUAUCGACUUUCGAAGACGUCGUUGUUCAACCUGCCGCGGCUGAUGAGCAGGCUUCGUCAGUUUUGCCUUCGGAGACGACUGCUCCUGAGAUUGACACGGUCGCUAAGCUGUGGUCAGAGGUGGUCAAGAAGGAGCCAGAGAUCAAGGACGACGCCGUGGCCGAGACUGACUGCCACGCUACUACAGGCCACAACCCAGCAGAGAUCUCUGAACCACCAGAGCAUCCCGAUGACGCGGGACAAGCUUAUCGAGACAUCCAAGGUGUUGAAGAGCACCAGUCGGAGGUUCAGAACACUCAAGCUGUUCCAUACGCCAACGAGUCCUUCUCCAUCGGAGGCUUGCUCAAAACUUUCACAGCUUACCGCCCAUUGCCAUUCUUCCUUCGUCGCUGGAUGGAUAGCAUCGCAGGCAGUGAGGACUUGGAGGUCGAUUAG